AUGAAACAAGCAUUUUUGCAAAUUUCGCUCAAAGAAGAAGAUCGAGAUGUUACUCGUUUUUUCUUUACCGAUGACCCCUCGGACGACUCUAUUGCACCCCAGGUUUAUAAAUUUACGCGCGUUCUAUUCGGGAUUAGUAGCAGUCCGUUUUUAUUGGCAGGAACUUUGAAAUAUCAUCUGAAACAGUAUACUGAAAAAUAUCCAGUGACUACAAAAUUUUUAAAUGAUAAUAUUUAUGUCGAUGACAUCAUCGGUAGUCAUGCAUCUGUAGAUGAAGCCUUAUCUCAUACAUUAGAGUCCAUAGCAAUUUUCGAAGAUGCUAGUUUGUCACUACACAAGUGGCGCACUAAUUCGAAGACCCUACGCGAAUUAUGGAAAAAACAUGGAGUGAUUUCGAGUGAUAAUGCCGAACACCUCAAAGAAGAAAAUAGGACAUACAAAGUCUUAGGUAUAGCAUGGGACAACUUAAAGGACAUUCUUUAUUUUGAUGUUGGAGAUCUAGUCAAAUUUGUUUCUAGAGGAACUGACACUAAACGUUACGUGCUCCAGGUCUUAGGACGCAUCUUCGAUCCUAUCGGAAUUUUAGGUCCUUUUACAGUGAGAAUUAAAUGUUUGAUGCAGAAGAUUUGGACGUUACGUAUUGAUUGGGAUGACAGAUUACCCGAAGAUCUAAGUUCGUUAUGGAGAAGCUGGUGCGAAGAAGUUCCUCAACUGACGGAAAUUUCAAUCCCACGCCACUAUUUUUCCGAAAACCUAAAUAUUGAUAUCAAGACUAUUGAACUUCAUUUCUUUUGUGACGCAAGUAUGAAAGCGUUUGGAACAGUUGCCUACAUGCGUGUUUUAUCUCGAAAUGAAGACGUUCGAACGGCCUUUGUAGCUUCUAAAAACAGAGUUGCUCCGAUAAAAUCUCUUACAUUGCCUCGGCUGGAGCUCAUGGCUGCAGUACUGUCUGCAAAAUUAAGUUUUAAUAUUUUGAAAUCCUUGAAACGUGACAUUCCGUGCUAUUUCUGGUCUGACUCGAAGAUAACAAUUUUUUGGAUAAAAGGAAAUCCUGAAAAAUUCAAACCUUUUGUCAAGAAUCGGAUUGAAGAAAUUCGCAAAUUCACAGCACCUUCAGACUGGUUUUUUUGCCCCGGAAAAGUCAACCCCUCAGAUACCUUGUCGAGGGGAGCAAAAGUCUCUAAACUGCUAGAAGAUCCAACAUGGCUGACAGGACCGCAGUGGCUAAAGAAUUCUCCAGAAUACUGGCCGAAGUCAGAAAAUGUUGAAGCAAUAAAUACAGAAGAAUUAGAAUACAGAAAGAAAUCGAAGGACAUCUUUCAGUGUGAAUGUCUUGUUGAAGAAAAGGAAAAUCCAAUCAACAUUACUAAAUUUAGUAAUAUGGAGAAGUUGAUAAGGGAAACUGAUCCUGAAAUAAGUAAAUCUUGA